AAAUCCUAUGACCGUGGAUGUUGGCACUAGUCUAGUAAAACAGGCAGCAAAAAACCAGUCAAAUCCGCCGAUCAUGGGGAAAGAUCUGAGCGAAGAUCAGGUUUCCUCAAUGAAGGAGGCUUUCACGCUGUUCGACACCGACGGCGACGGCAAGAUUUCCCCGUCGGAGCUCGGAAUCCUGAUGCGGUCGCUCGGCGGAAACCCUACGCAGGCGCAGCUGAAGUCGAUCAUCGCCGAGGAGAAGCUCUCCCCGCCGUUCGACUUCCCUCGCUUCCUCGGCCUCAUGUCGAAGCAUUUGAAGCCCGAGCCGUUCGAUCGCCAGCUGCGCGACGCAUUCAAGGUGAUCGACAAGGACGGGACCGGAUGCGUCGUCGUUUCGGAUCUCAGGCACAUCCUGACCAGCAUCGGGGAGAAAUUGGAGCCUGCGGAGUUUGACGAGUGGAUCCGCGAGGUGGAUAUCGGAUCCGAUGGCAAGAUCCGGUACGAGGACUUCAUUGCGCGCAUGGUAGCUAAGUGAAAAGGCGACUUUCGAGGCCACUGAGGUUCUGUUCAUAUGAAAGCAAUAUAGUAGACAUGUGCCAUAUGUGACUGGAAUUUGGGAUGAAGCAACUUCUCUUUAUAACUAUUCUCUGUGGCUGCAUAUGAGUUGUCUGAGAUGUGCGCUCCGCAUUUGUGGUCACAGGUGAUUGACAUUCCGGUUGUGCUGUGCCUUGACUCGAAAGCAGGAAGCUGUGUUUGUGUCUUUAUAACUUAACUCUCGUGCUGUCCUAGUGUGUGUAAGUUGGUAUUAAUUUGACUUGAAUGUGUGUUAAACCUCUUGACAUUCGGGCUAUGGACUAUUUCUAGUGUUUGCUGAUGAAUCUGUGAAUAGCGGAUUAAGCUUCUGAA